AUGGAUCGCCCCCAGCUCCGGAACCCUAGCAGCCGCCCUGUUAAGCCGCCGCGGCCACCACGGGGCUCGGCCGUCCAGCCCCCUCCGGCGUCGAGGCCUGCCCCCGAGGCCUCCUCUCCAGAUGGAAGGCCAAGAAAAAAGGUUCGAUUUGCAAGUGAAGCUGGUAGUCAUCACAUACAUGCGAGACAGGAUGCUGCUAACACAAGAAAAGCUGAGAAAACAAAGCCCCAAGGUUCCGAUGCGAAAACUACCGAACUCAAAUUCUUUAAGAAAUUGUGGGAGCAGUCAGGAUGUAGAUCCCGUUCCCUCAGACAACCUCAUCAAAACAUUGUGCCAAGCAUCUCCAAGCAAAAAGAGGGUGAUAGAAUGGAACCACAGAACAUGACGUCGCACAAGAAGUUCCCUGCCCAGAAUGUUACUCUGUGUCCUGAUGAGACCCCAGCCACACCCUUGAACAAUGUAAUCUCUAAUGAGCAAGUGGAAGUGCAAGCCUCACAUUCUGAAUAUCACAAUCAUGAUACACCUCAGUUAAAACCAUGUCAUAUCCUGCCAAUGGGUCAUGUUUUCACACCCACGAUUCAGACACCAUUUGAAAUUGCAGGGAUUUCAAGAAAUACCGACGCAGAACCUGGGAGUGGACGGAUGUUUUCAGAAAAGAGAAGAAAAUUAUUAAAGCUAGCUGCAAAAACUGUGUCAAUGGAAAGUUGCGAGUUGUUGCGAAAAAGAUCAGAAUUUUUUGCUGAUAUCUUGCAAAGGUUAGGCGUCAACGACAUAAUAAGAAAGCAUCAUAAAGAGCCCAUGAGACAGAGGGAAAUGGUUCACAGAUGUGCUCGUUCUGAUCCCAGAGGUCAUUUUGAAAACAUGCUUGAUUACGGGGGUGACUUCAAAUCAUCAAGUAAACUGAUAUUGGGCAAAGAGUCAUCCUCAUAUGCAAGUGACGAAUCACGUCAAUUCUUAGCAUUGCCAUGGGUAGACAACCAGGGUCUUCCAAGUUUUCCUGAUUGGAAAGAUGAUUUAUCUUGUGGGGACAAUGAAGCACAUGAGGGCAUGUCAUUACCAUCAGCAUAUACUACAAAACUUUCAAGUUCUGAUUGGAAAAGGGACACUGUUCACAACCAGGUCUCCAACUUGUUGCUAGAGGAUGUUCAACACCUCCCCAAAGGAAAAUUAGCUUCGGGUAAUGAACUGGGCUGCAAUAUUCAAUCUGAGCCAUAUGAUCAUGAUGAAUGGGAUCCAAUGCUGUUGCUAGCAGUCACUGAACCAAUUCCAAAUUGGUUGUCCUUCCCCUGUCAGAUCAGAGAGCAGUCUGUGGCGUCGCGUGCAAUAUCAGAUACUUCAUGGCAACCUCAGUUUUCCAGAUGCCUAGAGCAUUGUACUUCUAGGUCGCUUGGACUGGAGGUGGAUGGCUUGAUUGAGGCAGGAUUGUUUGAUGAUUCUGAUGCUGGACAUCAAUCUGCAUUUGAUCAGUCACAUGAGAAAUGCACUUCUUCAAGCUUUUUAGGCCUUAGAAACGGAAUUCUUGAUAAUAAUGGUUUUAGCAGUAUCUCCAACUUCCAUGCUAGUGAGAGCAAGAGCAUUGUGCCGAAUCCAGACAGAAGUUGCCUGAAUUCCAUAUAUUCAACUUCAGAUUACCCUUUUGAGCAGCGGUCAUAG